AUGGUUGAAUCGGGUAGGCUUCUGUACAUUCGCACUCAUCAACAAAGUUUGCGGUGCGGGUUAUAUAAAGGGUUGUCUGACGCUUUAACGCAUGGGGAAAUUGCACCUACAACUCAAGGUCGGCGAAUUAUAUUACCGUAUUCUUUCACUGGUGGAGCACGUUACAUGGUGCAGAAUUACCAAGAUGCAAUGGCCAUUUGUGGUUGGAUAGGUUUUCCAAAUAUAUUCAUCACUUUUACGUGCAAUCCAAAGUGGCCAGAGAUAAAACGGUUUUUGGAUGUUAGAAAUUUGAAUCCCGAAGAUCGUCCAGAUAUUUUGUGCCGUGUAUUUAAGAUGAAAUUGGAUGCUCUUAUUAAAGAAAUUCGAUCAGGCACUGUUUUUGGAAAAAUUGUUGCAGUCAUUUAUACAGUUGAAUUCCAGAAGCGUGGACUACCUCAUGCGCACAUAAUUCUAUUCCUUGAUCGCACAGACGCUUCUUCAUUUGCUGACAAUGUGGAUGUGAUCAUCUCUGCUGAAAUUCCAAAUAAGGAUAAUGAUGUUACGUACUACCAAGUUGUUGAAGAGUUUAUGAUACAUGGGCCAUGUGGUGAAGCUAACAAAAAUUGCCCAUGUAUGGUGAAGGGUCGUUGUUCUAAGCAUUUCCCAAAGAAAUUUAUGGAUAAAUCGAUUAUUGAUUGCAAUGGAUAUCCUCUUUACAAGCGACGAGAUAAUAGUAACACAGUUUUGAAAGGUGGUGUUGAGUUGGAUAACAGAUAUGUUGUGCCGCAUAAUAGGUAUUUGUUAAUGAAGUACAGAGCACAUAUUAAUGUGGAGUGGUGUAAUCAAUCGCGAUCUAUCAAAUACUUAUUCAAAUAUGUUAAUAAAGGAAAUGAUAGGGUCACAGCCCAAUUCUAUAAGACUGCUGAGUCAACAGAUAAGGAUCAAGUCAUAGAUGAGAUUAAUAUGUACUAUGAUUGUCGUUAUAUUUGUCCUUGUGAAGCUGCAUGGCGUUUGUUUGCUUAUGACAUUCAAUUCCGAAAUCCUGCAGUCGAGCGUUUGAGUUUCCAUCUGCCAAAUGAACAAAGUAUUGUGUUUGAUGAUGAUGCUUUUGUGUUAGAUGUACUCCAAAGAGAUACAAUUAAGAACAAUAUGUUCCUAGCUUGGUUUGAAGCUAAUAAGAAAUAUCCCAAUGCUCAAAAGUUGACCUAUAGGGAAAUGCUAAUCCAUUUUGUGUAG